AUGGGCUACUCCUGCGAUCGUGAGCCCAUGAAGAGAAAUGCGCAAGUACUCUUCUUGCAAAGAGUCAGACGUCAAAUCGAAGCACCGGAUUCGUCGUUUCACCGUUGCUACUUGUGCCUCAAGAAGAGGCGCGCAAUGUUGAAGCGCAAACCAUGUACGAAGAAAAUUUUCUUUCACUUUCUCAAACCUUUGCUUGAUUCUAAUGAAGAGGUGAUUGAAGAAGGCGUUGAGUGCCAGGGUAAGAAUGGCGAGUAUCAGGAAGAAGCAGGCGUUCCAGAGGAGCAUCCACCAGAGGAUUAUCAGGAAGAAACAGGCGUUCCAGAGGAGCAUCCACCAGAGGAUUAUCAGGAAGAAACAGGCGUUCCAGAGGAGCAUCCACCAGAGGAUUAUCAGGAAGAAACAGGCGUUCCAGAGGAGCAUCCACCAGAGGAUUAUCAGGAAGAAACAAAGGAAACAGUUGAGCAGGAGGUGAAGGAGGAUCACGAUGAGAAGGAGGAUGGGGAGCUAUCUGAUGAUAGCUUGCCGAGCUUCAGAUUCGAUCGUCCGUCUCCUCCUCAGAAGGAAUAUUUCGCAUAUUAUAUGGAACUAACGAAGGAUCUCGACAGCGUGGACAGCUCUUCAACCUACAAUGGUGACCAGGAAUGA